UUGACGGCGUGCAUGCUGCUGCUGCUCGCAGCCUCGGCACACGCGCACUACAAGUUCCCGCGGCUGGUCGUCGACGGCAAGCCCGAGGCGGCGGACUGGGUGUCGGUGCGCAAGACCAAGGUCAGCAACUCGCGGGACAACGGGGCCGUGUCGGACGUCAACAGCGCCGACAUGCGGUGCUUCGGCGGCAGCUCGGGCAAGGCCACGUCGGCGGUCGCGGCCGGCGCCGAGCUCGGCUUCGUCGUGUCGUCGGGCAUCAUGCACUUCGGGCCCUGCCAGUUCUACAUGGCCCGCGUGCCCGACGGCAAGGACAUCGACACGUGGGACGCCGCUGGCAGCGUGUGGUUCAAGGCCGGUAGCAUUAGCGCCGUGCAGACGGGCGGCCCGCUGAGCGGCAACGAGGCCACGUGGCCUGCAUAUCACAAGACCCAGGUCGCCUUCAAGAUCCCGGCGGCCCUCCCCAGCGGCAAGUACCUGGUGCGCGUCGAGAGCAUCGCCCUCCACCUCGCCCAGAACGUGGGCGGCGCCCAGUUCUACAUCAGCUGCGGACAGGUUGACGUGAUGGGCGGCGGGAGCGGCGUGCCCGGGCCCCUUGUGGCCUUCCCCGGCGCGUACAAGGCGAGCGACCCAGGCCUCAUCUGGCCGAACUCGCCGCCGCGGACUAGCUAUACAGCGCCGGGGCCUGUUGUGUGGGAGGGUUAAAGCAAGUUUUUGACUCGUAAUUAUAUGGUCUCAAAUUCAAAGUUUGUGUUGCUUGUUUGAGUAAGAAUGGUGAGAAUGGUAAGAAUGGUGAGGGUUGUGAGUGAGAAUGGUGAGAAUGGUGAUGUCGCCCAGAUUUAAGCCACUCUUCAAGCCACAGUCAGCUUAUUCCGUCAUCUUACGUUUGACUUUUGUUUAAAGAUGUGUG